AAUUACGAUCAUUACGGGGAAAUGGAACUUAAGGUCUAGAAUGUAAUAGAAGAUGUUCAACGAUUAGAUGUAGUAAAAAUGAAGAAGUCCUUUACAAAGAAGAUGUCAACAAAGUAACAAUUAAGUGAUAACUUGUUACUAGAUCGAUUCGAUUAUUGUCAGAUAAAUUGAGAUUAGCAUUACAUUAUUUGGAAACUGAUUGGAUUAGCAAGAAUAAUACAUCAUUCCAAUAUAAGUGGGCAUCAAUUAAAAUGAAGAAUAUUUAGCAGUAGCAAUGUUUAGUAUUUUAGAGUAAUGAUGAUGGACGUGAAGAAGUGGGAUAAAAAAUCACUUGAGUUAUUGAUCUGUAGAAUAUGUGAAAAAAAGGUACAAGCCCUCGAGAUGAAAAUACAUUGUGAAGAAUGUUAGAAAACUGCUGAGGCAAAGAAACGAAUAUUAGAAUUGAAUUUGGAAAUGGCCAAUCUUUGUGAAGCAGCUUAUCAAGAAAAAAGAAAUGCUUAAGUAAAACAAGCUCUAAUAAAGUAAGAUUUGAUAAUAGUUAGUAAAAAUAAAAAGGUUUAAAAAAAUACUAAUAAAUUCAGAAGAACUCUAACGUUCAAUAGUGAUGAACAGGAGAACGAAUAAGAAUUAAUCAAUAUCAAUAAUGCUAUGACUAUUAUUAUUAAUUAUGCUGAUAAAAUAGUGAAUUAAUCUAAUGAUGAUCCUAAGUGUAAGAAUUAUCUGACUAAAUAGAAAAUCUUGUCAUCCUAAAUGAUCUCUCAAAUGCAGACAAUUAUAUUGAAAGUAAUGAAGCCAAGUCCAUUAUUACACGAGUUCACAAAAGUAUCCUUGAUCGAAUGGAAUAUUUCAAAAAAUAGGAGGGUCAUCAUUAACAAUAUGAUAUGUCUGUCCAAUUGUCCAAGAUAUAGGCUAUCAAAAAAUCCUUUGCCAAACAGAAUUCUCUCUCCUUUCGCUAAUCGAAGUUUUCUUAUGUUUCUUAGUCUCCAAGAAAUCGAUAAGCAGAUCCAAUACUUGAAUAGGAAGAAGGAGAAAGACUUAAUUAGCCUAACAUUCCCAAAAGAAGGGAAUUCAAAUUAAAUACUUCAAUUUUUAAGGUGAAUGAAGGAUGUGACAGUACGAGAAUAUCAACUAAGCCAGUAACAGCAAGUUUUAUAAAUGAUCACACAGAUUCUGAUAGUAUGGUAUAGCCAUUAUCUUUUGAUUCUGAUGCUGGAGAUAAUAAAGUCCCAUCUAUCAAAGAAGAACUUAAUAAUUCUUCUUCAGAGGAAUCAAGUUUAUCUAAUCCUUCCAAUCAACUCAGAAGACAACUCUAAAUCAAAUAGAAAAAAAGAGUUUCUAAUUUCCACUCCUAAGACAUUCAAUAAGCUAUCACUCCAACUUCCUCUUCUUAAUAACAAGUUUAAGUAACAAAGAAAAGCAAAUUCAGCAGUAAUGCUUCGAAUAAUAGUCCUCAAAUGGUUUAGGAAUAGAUUGACCCUGUUCACACUGACAAGGGAUAUCACUCUGAUUCCGAUAUGAUCAAGACCAAUUCUUCUGUAUCAAUUGAGUAGAAAAAUGUUGGUAUAAAGGAUUUUGAAUUCAUAAAACCUUUGGGCAAGGGAGCCUAUGGUUGGGUUUUCUAAGUGAAAAAGAAAGGGUCAGGAGAUAUGUAUGCAUUAAAGAUAAUAGAUUGUGCUCAAAGAGUAAUUAUAAUAUUUAUAUAUAGAAUUUAGAAGCCUUCUUAGAAUAACUAAAGGCAGAGAGAAACAUUUUUGAAAUACUCAACAGUCAUUUCGUUGUGAAGGCUUUCUUUUCAUUUGUACAUGAACAUUACUUAUGCUUUGUCCAAGAAUAUAUGGUGGGGGGUGAUUUGGCUAGCAUUCUGAAGACAUACACAGCGUUAGAUGAAUUUUAUGUGAGACAUUAUAUGGCUGAAAUAAUAUUGGCUUUGGAAUAUUUGAGAAAUCAAAAUAUUGUACAUAGAGAUUUAAAACCAGAAAACAUUCUAUUGGACUCUCAAGGACAUGCCAAAUUGGCUGACUUUGGAUUAUCUGAAAAGGGUUUGAAUAGCAGAUUAAAAAUGAAAAGAGAAAGUUAAGUGUUACCAGAGUGUAUUUCUUAAUAAGUUAAUGAUUCAUCUGAAUUUUAUGAGCACAUCAAAAAGGCUGAAUCCAUUUUCAUUGAAUCUAAGAAUAGUGGCAAUAAAAAGUAAUUUAUAUUGUUCUAAUAUAGGAUCAUUGGUACUCCUGAUUAUAUAGCACCUGAAAUUAUUCAAGGUGUGUCAGUAACCAAUUAUUCAGCUGAUUAUUGGAGUUUAGGUGUCAUCAUGUACGAAAUGUUAUGUGGAAUAACACCUUUUAAUGAUGACACAGUAGAAAAGAUAUUUGAGAACAUUCUCAAUCUAAGAAUUGAGUGGCCCAAAUUAGGAGAUGAUGGAGAAGAAUGUAUUUCCUAUGACUCUUACGAUCUUCUUACACGUCUAUUAGAAUAAGAUUACACAAAGAGGAUUGGACAUGUUUCGAUUGACGAAAUUAAAUAGCACAAAUUCUUUAAAGGUUAUAAGUAUCCUUAUAUAUCAUAGGUAUUGAAUGGAAUACAUUACUUAAUAAACCAGGUGUCAUAAUCCCUGAUUUGGAUUAAUCUUCAAGAGACACUGAGAAGAUGGAACAAUUCUUAGUUAAACUAACUAAACCCACCAAGGAUUAGGAACAUAAGAAACUAACCUAGCAGCUCAAGAAUCAAUUAUAGAAUUUAGAACGCAUAGACCUAUUGAAACAAAGAAGUGUGCAAGAGGCAGAGGAAUAUAUGUAUGUUGUUCUAUUUACCAUUUCUUUAGACAGACGAUUGAAAGAGAAUAAAGUUAUAUACAAAAAUAGAUUGAUUAACUUACUUAAUUUACUGCAAAGCUAUAUUCUUCACAUAUGAAAAAUAAAUGA